AUUACAAUUGCCCCAUGGAUAUGGAAUGGGGCCAAAGACAGUCUCACCAGUGAUUCAUUCAUCGUUCAAGCCCGACCGGAAAACGUGCACUCGCGUCGCGACGCGACCGCCGCUCUCAAGACGUACAACAUUGGCCACAAGUGCCGCAUUUUAAACCACCGGGGUGGUCGUAGGUGAUGCCGCUGUCUUCGGUCGUCUCUGUCUGACGGAGUCUGCAUCCAAUGGACAAGUUCAACGAGUUUGCAUUCUCCUCACCGCCACGACCGACCGGACUGGGUGCCGAUCAUGAAGCGCGCUGUGGCGAUUAUCGCCGACCACGACAGCCGCACGUCCCAGGCUGCCAUUUUCAGUUACGAGCUUGGCGUUCCUGUCAUUGUGGGCACCUAUGAUGCCACCAAUGUGCUGCACUCGGGGCAGGAUAUGACAGUCCCAUGCUCAUGAAGGGUUCGUGCUGGAGUGUAGGGCUAUCCACAGCUGCGUGAGCAAAUGAAGUUCACGGAUGUGGUAGCCAUGACUCCGUUUCGUCG